GAAGGCCGCCAGAGCUGUGAGAGGAACCUCUGGCUCUUUCUCUCCCUCUCCCCAUCCGCCGCAGGCAGCCAUGUCGGCCCAGGCGCAGAUGCGGGCCCUGCUCGACCAGCUCAUGGGCACGGCCCGGGACGGAGACGAAACCAGACAGAGGGUGAAGUUUACAGAUGAUCGUGUCUGCAAGAGCCAUCUCCUGGACUGCUGUCCUCAUGACAUUCUGGCUGGAACGCGCAUGGAUUUAGGAGAAUGUACAAAAAUUCAUGACUUGGCCCUUCGAGCAGACUAUGAGAUAGCAAGUAAAGACAGAGACCUGUUUUUUGAGCUGGACGCAAUGGAUCAUCUGGAGUCCUUUAUUGCAGAAUGUGACAGAAGAACUGAACUUGCUAAGAAGCGACUGGCUGAAACACAGGAAGAGAUCAGCGCUGAGGUUUCUGCCAAGGCAGAAAAAGUACAUGAAUUGAACGAAGAAAUUGGAAAAUUGCUUGCUAAAGCUGAACAACUGGGAGCUGAAGGAAAUGUGGAUGAAUCCCAGAAGAUUCUUAUGGAAGUGGAGAAAGUUCGAGCAAAGAAAAAAGAAGCUGAGGAAGAAUAUCGAAAUUCUAUGCCAGCAUCCAGUUUCCAGCAGCAGAAACUACGUGUCUGUGAAGUGUGCUCUGCUUACCUUGGUCUCCAUGAUAAUGAUCGUCGUCUUGCAGAUCACUUUGGAGGCAAAUUACACUUGGGGUUUAUUCAGAUUCGUGAGAAACUGGAUCAGUUGAGGAAAACAGUGGCAGAAAAACAAGAGAAAAGAAAUCAAGAUCGUUUGAGGAGGAGAGAAGAGAGAGAAAGAGAAGAAAGGAUGGGCCGAAGGUCUGGAUCAAGAACUAGAGAUCGAAGAAGGUCACGAUCUCGGGACAGACGACGAAGGCGGUCAAGGUCAGGCUCUCGUGAGAGGCGAAAGUCCCGUUCCCGAUCUCGGGACAGACAUAGGCGCCACCGCAGCCGCUCACGUAGCCAUAGCAGGGGCCAUCGCCGAGGUUCCAGAGACAGAAGUUCGAAACACAAAUCUAGAGAUCAAUCUUCAAGAGAGAAGUCCCAGGAUAAAGAGAGGAGGGAAAAGAGCUUUGCUGAAAAAAGGCAUGAGGGUACAAAUGGCAACGCUGGUUCAAAGAGAUCAGAAGAAAGAGAAGCUGGCGAGAUCUAAACUCACACUCUGUGUUGCACUGUAAAUAGUCUGAUAAACAUUCUACACACAGCCUAAAUUUACCAUUUAUAUUUGUCGAAUACAACUCAUCUUUUGUAGAUUUAAAUUUUUAUUGUUUCAAAGAUAGCUGUGAGUUUAUAGAGAUACAGAGUUACAUACUGUUUACUGGAAUUUUGUUUAGUAAGAAUUUAAGAAAACUUGAUCUGGUGGACUGUCUUCAGUAUAGGCCAGUGACACCCAUGUAACUAACUUGUUGGUUGCCUGACCCCAGUGAAUGCAGCAGUUAACCCCAAGGUCAGAAAUGUAAUUAUUCUCCCCUCCCCUCCCCCCCACCAUUUAUGUCCUUUAGAAAAUAUUCACCUUGACCUUUCAGAGACUUGAAUUAUAUACAAUUAGUUGAUAAUAUUACUACUACCACUGGUGCUGAAUUUGCUCUUUCACACAGAAGAAUCAAGAAUUUAAAAAUAUUUGGCCACUUCAUUUUGAAUUCUGUAAUCUGGUGCUUAUCUUCAAGUCCAGAAUAUUAUUAUUAUUUGUGUCCCUUAUUCGUAUACCUUUGCUACAGAAAGACAACCAGAGUACCUUGGGUAUCUUAUGAUUGGGGUUCCUUAAAUGACUUAAAAUUACCUGAUUUUAAAAGCCAGAAUUGGAUUAGACUAUACAUUUGGUUCUUUUGUUCAGUCUUUAUUUUCUGUAUCCCUCAGUUAAAAUAUAAGUUCAUAGAGCACCUAUAAAGGGUUUACAUAUGCUGGAUUUGAUUUGUGUAGUAUAGAUUGACUCCUUUAAAAAACAUUAUACAAUUUAGCCCAGAUCUUGUGGGAGUGUGUCUUUUAACUGAAUUUGCUACAGUAUAGUCUCUUUGUUUACCACUUGUGUUUGAGACAAAGAUAAAUCAAUAUAUAAUCAAAUGAUAAUAUCCAGAAAUUCUCAUUAGUAAGGGCACUGUUAAAAAGUUGGUGCUGUGAACAUCUUGACUUUUAGGGUUACCAUAGUUCCUUUUUUGUUUGUUUGUUUGUUUUGUUUUAUUCUUUGAAAUAGUAUGUGACUUCACAUGACUAACUUUUUCAUCUGAAUCGAUGCUUCUCUUUCUUGAGGCAGCCAAGUAACUUUGAUUGCAGUCUCAAACUUUAUCCCACAGGUUAAUUUGUGUUAAAGUACAUAUUUUACGUUAAUACCAAAUUAAUAUUUUUAAAUUGGUGAACAUGUUAUUUGUAGAUAAUUGCAGAAAUUUCCUUUUUUUUUCUCGUUUAGGGAGGAGAAUUUUGAGGAGCUGAGCUUCUAAUAAUUUUUUUUUCUUUUUUAACAUAGGGCCCUCCCACCCUAAGUUUCUGUGGAGAUACAGGAGCUGUUCUUGGUCUGUUUGGUCUUAUUGAUGCAUGUUUAGCUAUUGCAGGAAUCUAGUUCUUCUGUUUUCCAACAACUAUUGCAUUUUAAUUAUGGGUUAUCUGUAGUCUCUACUGUUUUCAGGGUUCUCCUUUUCCUUAUCCUCCCUUUCCCUUCCCUAUGUACCCUUCCUUGCCAUCCCCAACCUCUAAGGAAAGGACAGGCCUAUGGCCAUGUCGAGUUUCUCUUUCUUAAACAAGAUGGACCUACUGUCCAAAAGCACCUGAUAAAACUGAUUCCACAUUUAAAAAGGCAGUGAUAGAAUGGAACCCACAUUACAUCGAUUUGUUGUCUGUGCAACAUUUUGCAAAUAUCAUGACAACUGGGAGUUGUUUCUUUUGUGGCACCUUUGCUUAUGAGGAGUUUGGUCUAAGUAUAAAAAUGUAAGUAAAAUGCGCUGUUCUCUUGCCAGUCUAACUCACAUUAAAGAUUUAUGUUUAUGUGGC